AUGAGUUUAGAGAGUGAUGAUAAGGAAACCAAACGAGUUGUUGAACCAGUUGACGUUGACGAUUGUGUGGUUUUUCUAGAGCUAUUGGCAAACCAUGAUGAUGAACGAGGUCUUGUUAAGCUUCGUUGUCGCCAUCUCUUUCAUUUGGAUUGUAUAGGGUCAUAUUUUAAUUUUAAGACUAGCAUGGAAUUUCCAUGCUGUAGACAAAUAGAGAAAGGUCAAUGGUUGUUGCCAAAACCUAUUGAGGCUUCAUUUCCAUCAUUUCCGGUCUCGCCAACCAUGGUGUGGAGUGACGAUGUGGUUUCUUCUGUUGAAAGUCAUAUCGCUACCAAUCCACCUAUGCAUCGUCCAUAUGUUCCUAUUCAUCCUCCAUUUGCUCCUAUCCAGUCUCCAUAUGCUUCGAACGAAAUCCCUCUCAACGACAACAUGAUGUCCAUGAGUGCUGCUAUUGUAUGUCGCUUACACGCAAUGAAGUAUGAGUAUUAUGGCAUCACUGGAAGAACUGGUAUUGGCGGUGAAAGCAGUGGUGGUAAUGUGGUGGCCGAGGAAGUUGCAGCAGGGGAAGCGGCUGGAGGGGCAGAAAUGAUGGAAGAGUAG